AUGCCUCGAUUUACAAUUUUCAUCGCAGCCCAGCUCGCGGCGGCUGCUGCUGUUACGCAGGGCACGAGCCCUGCUCCGUCAGACCCAGCAGCACCAUUCCCAGCCGUGGAGAUCGUGAAGGAUGCCGCCGCCGCAUCCGGGGUGGGCUACUUCCCCUACGAAAAGUCCCAGCUCACACCAGGGGUCCUCAGCAGCGUGGCGUCGUACCUGGGGACGCACAACGGCAGCGGCAGCGGCAGCGGCGCCGACGCCGCCAUGUUCGAUUUCGCCAGCGCCAGCGACGCGCCGCCGGAGGGGGGGUGGUCGCAGAGAGGCUGCAAGGCGUACCCGGGGACCGCCGCGUGGCCGUCGGACCCCGCCUGGCGGCUGUUUGGCCUCGUGCUGGGCGGCGGCUCGCUCAUCGAGGGCGUCCCGGCCGCGGCGGUCUGCUACCCGGACUGGCCGCGGUAUUACGACGAGGCAAGGUGCGCCGAGCUGGGUGUCUCGUGGACGGACCCGGCCUGGCGCGCCGCGCAGCCCACCGAGGUCGACUGGCCCGUCUUCGAGGGCAUGUCGUGCCUCCCGCCCGGGCUGGGCGCCUUGCUCUCGCGGCCCAACUCCACGUGCGAGCUCGGGGGCAUGCCGGCUUUUGUCGUGAACGUGACGAACGGUACGCAUCCUGCCCAUUUUCUUUUCGCCUUUCAGCUAGCCAGCCAUUCCUCGUACUUACAUGACAUAGUCGCCCAGAUCCAGCUCGCGGUGAACUUUGCCCGCAACCUCAACGUCCGGCUCAACAUCAAGAACUCGGGCCACGACUUCAACGCCAAGAGCACGGGCGGCGGGUCGCUCUCGGUGUGGACCCACCACCUGCAGGACAUUGAGUUCCUGGGCUCUGGGUACCGGUCCUCGUCCGGGGCCGGGGGCCCGGCGUUCAAGGUCGGGGCUGGCAUCACGACGAGGCAGAUCUAUGACGCCGCGCACGAGCAGGGCUUGAUGGUCGUGGGUGGGAUUGCACGCACUAUUGGACUUGCUGGUGGGUAUACCGCCGGUGGUGGGAACGGGCCCUUGAUCAACAAGUACGGCGUGGCGGCCGACCAGGUGCUCUCGAUGGAGGUUGUUCUCCCGGACGGGUCAUUUGUGUCAGCGGACGAGAAGACUAAUCCCGAGUUAUUCUUCGCUAUGCGUGGUGGAGGCGGGAGUACAUGGGGCAUAGUUACGAGCCUCGUUAUCCGGGCCUACGAGGACACGACCAUCUCCACACUGACCUACUCCUUUGGAUCGGCUGACGAGGACACGUUCUGGGCCGGAGUCGAUGCUCUGUGGCAGCAGUUCACGGCCUGGCCUGAAGCCGGCAUCUGGAGCUACUUCAGCAUGGCGUGCGUGGACGCGGUCAACUGCACACUCUCGAUGGCGCCCCAGGUCGCCCCGGGACUGACGAGAUCAGAGCUCGAGGGCCACAACGCAGCCCUCUUCGCGAACCUCUCGGCGCUGGGCAUCGCGGCGGACGACGUCUCGUACAGCGAGCACACGGGGUUCAUGGAGAUGUUCGACGCGGCCUUCCCCGACACGGCAAACACGGCAGGCUACUGGUACUUCCACACGACGUCGCGGUUCUUCCCCGAGCGGAACUGGCAAGGGCCGCAGGCGUUCGCGGCGCAGUCGGCCGCCGUGCGCAACACCACACAGGGCCGCGGCAGCUUCACGGGGUACAACUCGCGGCCGGCGGUCAACGGGGGCGUCAGCCAGGACAACGCGGUCAACCCGGCGUGGCGGGAGGCGCUGGUGUUCGGCAUGGGCAACGUGGUGUACGGGCCCGGCGACACGGCGGAGGAGAUGGCGGCGGCCAACAGGGAGAUGGUGGACGCGUUUGCCGGGUGGCGGGCCGUGAGCGACGGCACGUACCUCAACGAGGCCGACAUCAACGAGCCCGGGUGGCAGGGGUCGUUCUACGGCGCCAACUACGGCCGCCUCUACGAGCUGAAGCGCGAGGUUGACCCGUGGGGGGUGUUUUAUGCCACCGGCGCGGUGGGCUCCGAGGACUGGUUCGUGACGGGCCAGCUCGACUAUUUUCCCACCGCUGACGGGCGCCUGUGCCCUGUUGGGUCGUGA